AUGGGUGCCAGGGACGGACGAGGGGGCAGCACAGGCGGCAGCGGUGAUGGUAGCGAGCACGAGCCGGCACCCCCGCCGAUACCCCCGAGAUCGCACCGUUCAACACCAUCAUCCAUCGCCUCGCAGCCUACGUCCCCAAAACAGUCCACCACUGGCAUACCGAUUUUGUCAGUACAAACCGACGCCGCUGGGUCCCAGCAACCAACAAAAACCUUGGAGAAGAAGCCGGCUGGCGGCGCUCUUCGAAUAAACAUCAAGCCCGGAACCACGGGAACCAUUCGCGCAGUUACGCCCGAGCCCACCGAGCCGCGAACGGCAACAUAUGAGAGUCCUGGGACGAGGACGGGGGGGAUUCGGGAUACGGGCGGAAGCCACACGACCGCCAGCCCGUUGCCGCGUCCUUCGCGCGGCGCCCCGCCCGUGUCAUUACAAUCUUCACCAAGAUCUAAAUCGACUAGUAGCAACGGCGGCGGGGGCGGGCGGCGGCAGGGCAGAGUCUUCACAGAUAACAUUUCCGACCCCGCCAGUGGGGCCUCUCCAGCGACGAGUCCACCCGGACGACAGGUCGCUUUUCGUCCCCGUACGCAUACGCUCGAUGGCGCCUCAGUCUUUCGUCAGCAAAUUUCUCACCCUCCCGAACGGCAGCGGGUCGCGUCCGUAUCCUCGGGCGUGCCCUUGUCCGUUUCCACCGAGAACCUGCGCAGCCCACCGCUAUUGAGGCCCGGGCCAAACUCAUCAGACAGUAUGAUUUACCACACACACAGCGCAACGCCGGCCCUGUCUCCGGAGCAGCAACCAACAGUACCUGCCAAGUCGGCCGGUCGGCGAUUGGUGAAGCGAACCGCUUCAAGGCCAACGUCGCCCCUGGUUUCGCCUCCACCAUCAGUCGACUCGUUACCUCUGCCAAUCCCAACGGCCAAUGCGAAUAAUGUACUUUUGCUGAUGAGGAAUUUGUGCGGUCGGAUGAGGGGUGAGAUUGAGUAUCGAGGGGGCGACAUGGAGGGUCCGUGGUACAGCGGAAUAGGGUACAUUGAAGAGGAAAAGGGCAGUCUGAUGUUCGACUCGGGCGACAAUGGCCCGUUCCACAUCGCCAUCGUACCAGACCUGCGAGGCUGUCGGAUCUUGCCGGUCGACAGGCCGGACAGAGACGGCCCCUGCCUUGAAGUCACAAAUCUUCUUGCAGGUUCCGACAUUACAAUACGACCUUUUGCCGCCGAGGAAUUCGACCUGUGGCUGGCUGCGUUGCUAUCGUGGCAGCAGCUUAGGCCCGGCAGUGUGAAGCCUCCAAGCAUAAGAAACAGCACGACACCUACUCAAGAACGCCCAGAGUACAAUAGGAGAACCUCGUCCCAUAGAUCCAGGGAUGGCGCCAUCAUCAAAGUUGGCAAAGUAAACCUGUGGGACAAGGGCACGGCCAACACUCCCAGGGGAAUAGUGAAACGCCCCUCGACACGAGAUUUGCAGUCCAGCCAGACUAUGUGGAGGAGGGUUUCUUGCAUCCUGCAAGACAAUGGCGAACUCAAACUCAUGACGGAGAACGAUGUUACCAUCUUGUCUGUGAUUGAGCUUCCACAGCUGUCGCGUUGUGCCGUACAGCAGCUCGACAGAUCCGUUCUCGACGAAGACUUUUGUUUGGCCAUAUUUCCAAUUUACUCGUCUACCUCGACGCAGCUGUCCAUCUUCAGGCCCGUGUACCUGGCGCUGGAUUCCAGGGUGCUGUUUGAAGUCUGGUAUGUGCUUCUGAGGACGUUUAUGGUGCCGGAUAUAUACGCACUGGACCCCAUAGAUCCAAGGCAGGUUUUGGAGAUCACCGAUCUCGAGACUGAGUAUGAGGGGACCGAGGUGUUCAGGAUAGAGAAGACCAUUUCGCUGAAGGUGACAGAGGCCAAGCUGAAACCAAAGAUGGUCGAGGCGCCGCCGCCUCAGGAGAGAUACGAAAAGCAUGAAAAGCACGAUAAACAUGAUAGAAACGACAAGUUCACCAAGAGCGAGCCGAUAGAUUUGAUGAUCGGGAACUACCUGGCCGAGGUGAUCCUGGAUGGGGAAGUCCGGGCGCGAACGACGACAAAGACUGAUACGAACAAUCCCUUCUGGCGAGACGAUUGCGAGUUCACUGAUCUGCCAGCUGCUCUGCCUUAUCUCUCUGUGGUCCUUAAAAGACAGGAUGGAAACCUGGAUAGUGCAGGUCAUCAGCUCCAAGCAUCGCUGGGGAUGGCGAAGACGGGCAACAUUCUUGAGGUUAUGUGCGGUUCGGUAGACAUUCCUCUGACCAACCUCGCCGCCGGAAAGGACCAUGAAGAAUGGUUCCAGAUAUACGACAGCCAGCAGCAGUCGAUUGGUUCCUUGUUUGCAAAGGUCCACCAUGAAGAACUCGCUGUACUCCGGGCCAGGGAGUAUAAUCCCCUAUCUGACCUGCUCCAUAACUUCAGUUCGGGGCUCACUGUGCAGAUCUCAAACGCCCUGCCAGGGAACCUUCGCCGCCUGGCCGAGAUAUUUCUCAAUAUUUUCCAAGUGUCAGGAACCACCAGCGAAUGGCUUAUGACUUUGGUCGAGGACGAAAUUGAUGGCAUCAGUAAUCAGGGCUCCAUGAAGAAGCUUCGCUUCGGCAGACGUCUCAAGUCAAACGAGUCGUUCGAGUCGGCCAGUGAUAGAGAGCAACUGGUGCGCGACAUGAGCAAAUCGCUGGCUGGCGAGGCGAACCUUUUGUUCCGUGGUAACUCGCUGCUCACGCAAGCCCUGGAAUUCCACAUGCGCCGUCUGGGCAAUGAAUUCCUCAUCGAGGUCUUGCGCGAGAAAAUCUUUGAGAUCAACGAGAUCAAUGCGAACUGCGAGGUGGACCCAGGAAAGCUUCAGGCUGGAGAGGACUUGCAAACACACUGGAGACAGCUGAUACAGUAUACCACGGAGAUCUGGGAUUGUAUAGCUACCUCGACUUCCAAGUUUCCCUCUGAGCUGAGACAGAUCCUGAAGUACGUCCGAGCAGUUGCCGAGGAUCGAUACGGGGACUUCCUGCGCACGGUAUCUUACACUAGCGUGUCGGGAUUCCUCUUCUUGCGGUUCAUCUGUCCUGCGAUACUGAACCCAAAGUUGAACGGUCUAUUGCGGGAUCUCCCCCGGCCGCGGGCGCAGAGGACGCUCACUCUCAUCGCCAAGGGGCUGCAAGCCAUGGCAAAUCUCUCAACCAUCGGCAGGAAAGAGACGUGGCUUGAACCGAUGAAUAAGUUCAUCGCCUCUCAUCGCCAGUCGGUGAAGGAUUUCAUCGAUGCCAUCUGCGCAGUUCCAGCAGAGCGGUCAAAUCCGAUCCUCCCCCCGUCGUAUUCCACACCCAACACUAUUGCUUCUCGCCUGCCCACAACUGCCCGGGAGGGUCUCCCCUCACUCCCGUAUCUCAUCGAUAUGCCCCGCAACUUUGCCGCCCUCAUCAAGCUGUGGACGGACGCUCGACGGACAUCGGCGACGGGAUCGCCCCCUAGAGGCAAUCCAGGAAAUACCAGAAGUGAGGACCUUGAAGGCGAGUUGCUCAGGUUCGAUCAAGAGUGUUCGGCCCUGUCAAAACGAUCGGGUGAGUGUUCUGCCCGUGUUGAUGGGCUACGGCUUGCCGAGACGGCCUCACAUGCAGACGACCCCUACCUAGAUGCUGCUAUGGAGUAUGUCCACCUUAGCCACAGUCCUGGUGCCGUGCAUGCAGCUGUCUGGGCAGAUCACGACGCACCGCCAGUCCGUCCGCCGGGCUCUUCAGGUUCUGACGGACAACCCAGCGACGGCCUGCUUCUCAGCGGCAGUCGCAGUGCCAGUCGGGACCGUUGGGGCAGGCAGAUCAGUUACGGGUCUGACGUGUCUUCGACGGCUCUCGGGUCAACGUCUUCGGGCGGUCAGUCCUUAACAUCGCUGGGGCAGAAUACCAUCCGUGGUUUGCGCAACGGGAAGCAGGCUCGGAAAUUCUUGAGCGGGCUGAUCAAGAAGUCACGCACGACGAGUCCGGAUGCGGGGGGAAAGGAUCGGGAUGCCAAGGACCUGCGACAUCAUUCAAGUCAGUAUCAUCAACAAUAUAAGGAAAAGUUCGAUCGGGGUCGGGAUGGACAUCGGGAUAGGGAUUACGAAAGGAUCAGGAACGGUGCUAGGGAUACCAGUGCAAGCAGCAAGGCCUCAAGGAACUUUGGCUUCUGA